AUGGCUCCAAGCGCUCCAGCUAAGACCGCUAAGGCUCUCGACGCCAAGAAGAAGGUAGCUAAGGGACAGCGCACCACCCAUAAGCGCACAGUCCGCACCUCGGUCCAUUUCCGUCGCCCGGUCACCCUCAAGACCGCCCGUAACUCGCGGUAAGCCCUCUGCUCAUCCGCACUAUCAGCAUAAUUGAAUUUUUUCAGUUACCCACGCAAGGCUGCCCCGGCUACCGCCAAGAUGGACCACUUCCGUGUCAUCCAGCACCCACUCACCACUGAGUCGGCGAUGAAGAAGAUUGAGGAGCACAACACCCUCGUCUUCAUCGUCAACAAUGACGCCAACAAGUACCAGAUCAAGGAGGCCGUCCACAAGCUCUACAACGUCAAGGCCCAGAAGGUUUGUUGUGAAUUCGAAACAGUAUUCAGAAGUUAAUAAAUCUCGUUUUAGGUUAACACCCUCAUCACUCCACUCCAGCAGAAGAAGGCCUACGUCCGUCUCACCGCUGACUACGACGCUCUUGACGUCGCCAACAAGAUCGGAGUCAUCUAA